AUGGCGAUUCUUUGGGUUGUUUUUCUGGCUUCUGGUGUGUUGGCUUGGGGAGGUAAUCAGUCGAGACCCUUUCUCGUGGAUGAAGAAGACGCCCUGAUGACGGUGCCUCAGCUGAUUCGGAAGUAUGGCUACGAAGUGGAGGAGCAUCAAGUUAGAACCGAGGAUGGUUAUCUGCUUGGGAUGUUUAGGAUACCCACAAGAAGUACGCCACGGAAGCAACCAGUGUUCAUGAUGCAUUCUUUGUUCAGUUCUUGUGCGGAUUGGGUGUUGAUUGGACCCAAACAUGGAUUGGCUUACCUACUAGCGGAGCGGGGUUACGAUAUCUGGAUUGGAAACGCUCGCGGUACUCGUUACUCGAGAAAACACGAGCGGAUCAGUGUUAAUGAUCCACAGUUCUGGGAUUUCACGUUCCACGAAAUAGGCUUCUACGAUGUUCCGGCGCUUGUUGACUACGUGUUGGAGAGAACGCGCGCCCGGAAGGUGCACUACAUUGGUUUCUCGCAGGGGGCAAUGACUGUGUUCAUAGCGUUUAGUCAGCGUCCAGAAGUCAACGAGAAGAUCGUCCAGGUUCAGGCGUUAUCCCCGGCCGUGUACAUGAACCGCUCCCAGAGCUCUGUCAUCCGGCUGCUGGUGUCGGCCGCGCAUAAAAUCGCAGAGGCACUCACCGCCAUCGGAAAGUACGAAAUACUUCCCCACUGGGAAAAACAGUAUUACUUUUUCCAGCGGUUAUGUCCUGCCCCAGCACAACUCCUUUGUCGGUUGCUGAUAUACAACGUGGUUGGAGCGAAUCCGGAACAGUUGGAUGUGAAAAUGUUGCGGAUAUUUUUGGGGCACUUUCCGGCUGGAGCUUCGCGAAAGCAAAUUCUCCAUUACGCGCAGAUCAUUCGCGAUGGGAUCUUCCGACAGUAUGAUUAUGGUGAUCCGGUUGCGAACCGACAAGCGUACGGAAGCAGUGUGGUUCCGCUGUACAAUCUGUCGCGUGCGGUGGCUCCUGUGAGGACCUACUUCGGAUACAACGAUAAUGUGAUUAACUAUCUGAAUGUGCUUCAACUGAACAGGGAGCUACCGAAUCUGGUCGGGAGCUAUCCGGUGUCCGACAAGCGGUUCAGCCAUAUCGAUUUUAUACUGGCAAAUAAUGUGCGAGAGGUGCUCUACGCGGAAGUAGUUAAGAAUGUGGGAAUAGCCGAACGGGAAUUCGUUUUAAGUCUAGAAACAUAA